UUUCACUUUUCACAUUUUUACUUUAGAAGAAAUUACAGAAUCGAUACCUAGAUCUUGCUUGAGAUUGAAUGGCGCCCAAAUAAAACGCGCUAAAAUAAUAACUGACACUGUCCGCUGUCAGACAUAGACAUAAGAUAAAUGCGCGCAUAUGCGUGAAACGGAACGCACCUAUAGGAGGAGAUAUACAUAUGUGUACGCAUGUGCGGUUUAACGGUAUCUGAUUCAACUUCUUCUUUGUUGCGUACCCCCUCCACAUGCUCUGAUAGCGGGCAGUAGGCAGCGGGCAGAAAUAUUGUAGCCAUCUUAUUUUUUACGACAUUGGUUUAAUGCAUCGCUCGAAUGGAGAUUAAGUUGUUCGUAUUUUUGAGAAAGAGUAUCGUAUACAUUACAAUAGAUUGUGAAAUUUUGGUCGGUGUUUACACAAAUGUAAAAUAAAGUAAACGAGUGAUAAUAUACGGAACAUACAUAUUUUGCUGAAAUAUUAAGCAACAAGUUGAGGAACUAUUGCACACAAAAAAUAGAAAGGAACGUCUAUGUAUUUAUAAAUAAUGGCAAAAGGAAAAAGAGGACCUUAUAAAAGAUAUCUAACAGACGACUCUGAAGAAAUUCCCACAACAACAAAAUAUUCUCGCGUAGUAAGAGCAAAAGAACAGAAAAUAGCGACACAGAUGGAAAUGUACCUUAAUGAAGAAAUUAAUUCGUGUGAACAAAGUGAUAUGACAAUUGAAGAGCAUUCUUUCCAAGAAUCUUUUGAAGAAGUAAACAUGAUUCACAAUACUGAAUGUAACAAUGAAAAUAAAAGUAGUGAAUCUGAAGAAGACAGAGAUGAACAGGAUUAUUUAGCUGAAGAUGGAAAUGAACACUAUUACUUAUCUGAAGAUGAAGAUGAACAUGAUUAUUCUUUUAAAGAUGAAGAUGAAUAUUAUUCUGAUAAUUUUUUUGAAGAUGGAAAUGAUUGUUAUACUUCUAACAAUGAAAAUGACAAUAAUGAAAUUAAUUUUUAUAGCGAUAAUGGAGAGAUUUAUGAAAAUAAUAAUUCUGAUAAUGAAGAAAAUGAAAAUCAAGAAUAUCAAAAACAUUUGCAGAAACACAUUGAAUUUCCCAUAUAUGAAGGAUGUGAUUUAAGUAAAGAGGAAAGCCAAUUAUUACUAAUGAGUUUGGCAGUUAAAAACAAAUGACUGACACCGGAUUGCAAGCUUUACUUCAAAUUAUUGAUUGCCAUUUGCCAUUUAAAGUGCAUCACUCAAAGUAUCAUUUUCUACAGUUCUUUCCAAAGGUGAUUUCUUGUAAAUAUUAUUUUUGUCCAACGUGUUUUACUAUAUUGACAUUUCAUCAUGAUAUUAUUAUUGAAUGUAAUAAUUGUAAAGAACGUUACGAACAAAUCCAAUUACAAAAAAAUUUUAAUUUUUUUUAUCAUUUUCCAUUAAAACCGCAGUUGAUUGAAUUAUUAAAUUCUAAAUUAUUUACACAAUGUAGAAAAACUUGUCCCAUUGAAAGUGAUAUCGUAGAUGGAACACUUUAUCGUCAUUUAAAAGAACAAAAUGUUAUAUGUGACAACGAUAUUACUAUUCAAUGGAAUACAGAUGGUGUAGAAAUAUUUAAUUCAUCCAUGUACAAUAUAUGGCCCAUUCAAGUAUGUAUAAAUGAAUUACCAUACCGACUUAGAAGAGAAAAUAUUUUGCUUUGUGGAUUAUGGUUUUAUAAGAAAAAACCACCAAUGGAUUUGUUCUUGCGUCCAUUCAUAGAUGAACUUUUGGAAUUACAAACCAACGGGUUUUGGUGUGCCACACUUGAACACAAAGAACCUAUACACAUAAAAGUUUAUGCACUUCUCGCAAGUGUAGAUACAGUAGCUAGACCACUUAUUCAAAACAUAAAACAAUUUAAUGGUAUAUAUGGAUGUUCCUAUUGUCUCCAUAAAGGGGAACAAAUUUCAAUCAGAAGAGGUCAGAUACGUAUAUAUUCUGGUGAUAAAAAAGCAAUGCGAAGGAUGAAGCAGCAUUAUAAAUACGUUGAGAAAGCUAUUAAUGAAGGAAGACCAAUAAAAGGUGUUAAAGGACCUUCAAUAGUAAUGUUUUUAUCUACUUUUCAUAUUAUUCAUUCUUUUCCACCAGAAUAUAUGCAUUCAGUUUUAUUAGGUGUCACAAAAUUAUUUGGAACAUUGUGGUUUGACUCAGCUAAUAGUAAUAAAGAUUGGUAUUUAGGUUUAAGAGUGAGUGAAUUUAAUAAUAAAUUAUUGGCUAUACGGCCUCCAUGUGAAAUUACAAGAACGCCACAAUCCAUAAAAAAUAAAAAUGGAAGGCAAACGAAUGGAAAUCUUUUUUAUUAUAUUAUUCGCUCAUUUGCUUGAUUGAUAUAAUGCCACGGAAAUAUGUUAAACAUUGGUUACUGUUUGUAUAUAGCAUUUAUAUAUUUUCCAAAACAAAAUUUA